GAUCAAGCAUUCGCGGAUCUCACUAUUCCUGCAGAAUCCCAGGGGUCCCAGCAUAACAUGACCCCUCAGCCUUCCACAAGCCGCACAGCACAAAGUCCGCUAGGAGAACCGUCCUGCAAAAAAGCAAAAAUGCAUGGCGCCGGGCUUCCUGAAUCCCUAGCAGACAGUGUUAGUUGUGAUACUAUGACUGUCUCUCAACCAGAAGAGGAUACACACCAUACUAUGUCCCAGCUACAAGCUCCUGGCUCUGUAAACUCUCAAAAUGUGAACAAUGUUUAUCUGGAUAUGGUGCAGGCGUGGGAAAAUCCUAUCCGGAAUUUUAGAGCUGUGGAAUAUUAUCAGAGAUAUAGAUUUAUUAAUCUUGAUCAAAUCCGAUCUUUUGUAGUUGCUAUAGAGGCCAUACAUAAUGUGAUACAGAUUCUUUUGAAUAACGUAGCCAUGAACAUCGGCCCAAAUGAUUUUGUUCAACUACGGUUGGAUGCAGAGGGGUUAAACCAUCCCAUCUUUUCUCAUAGGAGGUGUAUGAAUGAUUUAAACGCUGAUGAUUUUCUGACCAGUGUUGAAAAUCUGCUACAAAGUAAGGCUGAGAUAUUGUGGGGGGGUGAUUUGCAAUUAGUGGUUACCAUCGUGAAGAACAAGGAGGGAGGGGGGCUUAGGAAGUUAAAUACUUUGCUGCUUACUGAAUGCAAGGAAGUCAAAUGUGGGCAGUGCUCUGAGAAGGUAGAAAGCUUGGAAGGUCAUUUAUGCUUUCUAAAAUCGUUGGACCGACCACGAAUUGGCGAAAGAUAUAUUAUUUAUGAUUUUGAAUGCUGCCAAGAAACAGGUACCCACAUACCUAAUUAUACAUGUGCCAGGGAUAUGCUGAAAGAUGAGGACGAUAAAGAUGUUGUGAGGUGGGAUUGUUAUGGUGUUAGAUGA